GUGGAGGUGAAUGCUGUGUCUUCAUUGGCAGAGAGGAGAUAAAUGGGACUGCUUUGGCUCCUCCUUCCUUGUCUACUUAAAAGCACCAGUGGAAGCAGCUGAGGAGUAGAGAAGGAAACAGACUGAAGCCUGAGGCAGUGCAACAGUCAGAGUCACAGGAUUAACAGCUGUCCACAGUAUUGACUGAAAGAUGUCGGUUGCUCCGUUUAGUCGCAGGCAGUGGGCGUCCCAGUCGCUGAGGGUCACCGCCAAGGAGCUGUCCAUCGUCUCUGCCAGGGGGAGGAGUACCGCCAUCGCAGAGCGCUUCUCCAAGUACCAGAUGGCAGCAGAGGAGAGCAACGCAGAAAAGAAGAAAACGGUAGCAGAGACUGUGCCCUCAGCACUACGUACUGGAAAUCUGAGCAUUCUGAAGAAACACUGGGAACAGCAGCAGACCUUCAGCCACAGAGUCCAGCCUCAUUCCACACCUUCUAAACGUGGCAGCCCCCAGACCCACAGCAGUCACUCGGCAGGUCCCAAGAUUAGAUCACAGAUAGAGACCCAGACAGACCCUGUGAAAUCCUCCUCGGCUUCUCAGGAUCUCCAGCUGGGGGCCCAAAGCCAGUCUGAGACUCUCUGUGAGACCAGUGGAACUCGAACCAGCCAGCAACGGUCAAUUCGGCGUUCCUUCAGCUCAGAAGAUCUGAGUAUGGAGGAGAGGCACAGGAGAGAUUCAGAGGGAUCCACAAACGUAGUGCCUGAGUCAGAGAAGCCCAGCGUUCCCCUCAACAGCCUCAAGAUGAUGUUUGAAAAAGGAGAGAAUCUGACUGACAAGGUGUCCAGUGACAAAACAAGCAAAGGAAACGCUGCUACCAUGGACCAGCUUUUAGGAGAUGGAAGUCUUGCUGAGUCCACGCCUCUCAGGGACAGGAUGGCGCUCUACAAAGCUGCAGUCUCCAAACAGGAAGUCGUCCCCGCCUCCGUGAGCGGUGAGCAACUGGACACCUACCACAGGAAGCAGAAGGAGAACGUUCCUCCCUUUACUUUGGAUGCGAGUCCAGAACCAGAAGAAAAUUUCAGGAGAAUGUUCAGCCCCGACACCGGCGCAGAAACUGGCUCUGGGUCUCCAGCAGCAUCCGGUUGCAAAGACUCUCCUCAAGCCAAGACUCCCAGGAACUUCCAGCUGCCAGUGAGGGAGACCUGUGUGUCGUGUCUGAAGACUGUUUAUCCUCUGGAGAGGCUGGUGGCCAACCAGCACACUUACCACAGCACUUGUUUCCGCUGCUCGCACUGCAACACCAAGCUGAGCUUGGCAAACUACGCCUCCCUCCACAACAGUGUCUACUGCAAGCCCCAUUUCUGCCAACUCUUCAAGUCCAAGGGGAACUACGAUGAGGGCUUUGGCCACCGGCCCCACAAGGAGCUGUGGGAGACAUCGCCCCAGUCAGACACUCACACGCAGCCAAAGAGCCAGAGUCCGGCCCCUGCCUCAGACCUGGACAGCCCCAGUGUGGAGGAGUCCCCGCUGGCUAAAGUCACCGUCCUGACUGCCACGAUGGAGGCUCUGCAUCAAGAAACACCAGAGAAGGCUGAGAGACCCACUGAGACCCGCAGGCUGAAGAUCUCCUGGCCACCACAAGUUGAGCUGGAGGACAUGAACAGUCAGAUGAGAGCUGCCAUGAGUCCAACUGCAGAGGAAGAGCUCACCAGUGUGCCGGUCAGAGCCAAGUGGCCCCCAGAAGAGGAGUCACUAUACUCUCCUCCAGAACAGGACAGCGAGCUCUCCUCUCUCCGCCAGAGCUCCUCCCUGAAGGAGCGCAGCAUGGCCUUCACGCUCACUGGGCAACCCAGCAUAAGUGGUACUCCUGAGGCCAGACAAAAGAGCCCGCCCACUCCAGCUGAUUGGCAGGUUGAAGGCAGUCAGCCUGGUCCUGAUGCCGGCAGGAUGGGACUGCAGGGCGGCCAGUCUUCAGACAGCCACACACCCACUGAAGACAGCUGUGUAGACAUACACACCAGCUCAGGAGACGAAGAGGAGAUGAAGCCCGAAGAGCAUGAUGACUUCCAGCUUGCCAAAGGAGGUCUGGCAGGAGAGGCUGAGGAGCAGAUGGAGGAGCAGCAGGAGGAGAUGCCAACAAAGCCCACAGCCAUCUCCUCUCCUAAGGACGCCAGCCAAUCAUCUCAGGAUGUGGGGUUCUGGGACAGCGAGGAAGUUGACGAUAAGGAGGAGCAAGAGCAGGAGGUGCUGACUGUGGAGGAGAUGAUCAAACAGAACCGCUGUUAUGAGGAUGAUGAGGAGGAAGAGGAUGCGUAAAGUGGACAUGUUCCUCUCCGCUGCUGUCUGUGUGUGAACUCUACUGAACUCUUUACUUGUGCCUCUUUGAACACUUGGCAACCUUUUUUAAAAAGCGUAUCUUACACUUUAGAUUUUAAAACCAUUUUUAAAUGUCCAGUAUUUAAACUUUUCAUGUACGUUUAAGACUGAAAAAUCACAAUUUGGAUGCAUUUGUCUUGUUUUUUUUUUUUCUAUUUUGAUGGCUAGACUAAAACUGUUACAACCAGGCGUGCACAUAUCUGCCACGCUUCUAAGCUAAAUGUGCAGCGGAACAUGCAAGGCGUCACUUACUGUACUUUUAGUGUGCACCAGUUAUGUGCAUGCCUGUUAUUUUGAGAUGUGGGGAAAGGCGGAGAUGUGUAAAAACUGUACCGCUAAUGUAGCACUCAUCACUAAAUGCACCAAAAAGCAAAUGCUGGAAAAUGGUUGUCUGAAAAGUCUGAUUUUGACACUUUUUGUUGUUGCGAAUAGUUUUGUAUGUAUAAAAUUCAGUGAAUUCUCUCAUUUUAUACUCUGUUAAGACUGGAUGAUGUGAAAAAUGCUGUAAUGUGUAAUCAUGGGACCAAACAUUGUGGAUUGUUACUUUUCCAAUAAAAUACUUAAAG